AUGUACAACGCAUUCUCCAUACCUGGUGUGAUUCCCGAAGGAAUUAGAUUGUACCUCUUCCUGUAUACACUGGGGGAUGAGGCAAGGAGAUUAGCUAACGCAAGCAGUGCUGAUGCCUCCACAGUAGGAGGACUAAUGGACAAGACGUAUACGGAAGCAAAGCUCAUCUUAGAUCACAUUUCGCGAAAUACAAAUAAGUGGAUAGAUAACGGGUAUGAGGAAAGAGGUUCGGAUCAAAUAAGAGUAGAAGCCAUUGUACCAGCUAUUACAAUGAACACCUUGGCCAACCAGAUGGCCACAGUAACCUCACUCCUACAGCCUAUGGCAAUUCAGCAAGGACAUCUCUCUCAAAGUUCAGCGCAAGCCAAUGCGUUGACGCAAGCGGCCACAAUAAAUUACGUUCAAUGCGAAGAGGGGCACUCAGGGGAAGUCUGCCCGUUGAAUCAACAGUCCGUAUACUCUAUUCACAAGGAAUCAUUCGGUAACACCUAUAACCGUGGUUGGCAGAAUUACCCAACUUUCAGUUGGGAAGGGAAUCAUAACCAGGGGGCCAAAUAUAUUGAGAAGAAUGAGGCAAUCAAGCAAUCGCAAGCUUCCUCCCUUAGAAAUUUAGAGGUACAGAUUGAACAGCUUGCGAUCGAACUUAAGAAUAAAGCGCCUGGUACGCUUCCCAGCAGCUCGGGAGCAUCGGGACCGCGCGGUAAAGAACAAUGUCAAGCAGUAACAUUGAGAAGUGGCAAGACAAUGGUCCCCGUGCCACCAGUACCGGAUUCAAUAGGAAGACCAAUAGACAUAAUCAUUAAUGAUGACCAAUCAACCAUGAACAAUAGAACUACCAGUUUAGAAGGAAAUACCUCUACAAAGAGUGAAUCUCAACAAGACUCAAAUGUAAAGUCACUGCAACCUCCAGCUCUUAAAACACAGCAAGCCAAGGACCUCAAUGAACAACCAAUUGAACAGGAAGACAUACUUGCCAACAAAAGGAAGAUCGGGGAGAAUGAAACGGUCGCAUUAACAUAUGAGUGUAGUGCGCUUUUUCAGAACAAUAUCCCCACUAAAAUGAAAGAUCCUGGGAGUUUCACAUUGCCAUGCUUGAUAGGUGGAAAAGAAGUCGGAAAUGCGUUGUGUGAUUUGGUGGCAAACUAUAAAGCUGACAUUGAGGUACCUAUCAUCUUGAGUCGCUUAUUUCUCGCAACAGGGCGAGCACUGAUCGAUGUACAGAAAGGAGAACUUACCAUAAGGGUCGACGAUCAGCAAGUUAAAUUCAACAUUCUUAAUGUGUUGAAAUACCCAAGUGAUAUGGAAAAUUGUCCAUAUGUUGGGGAACUGCAGGAAGAACAUUGGCACGAGCCUUAG